AUGGCUUCCAAAGGAGGAAGAACAAGAAGAGGAACAAACCCAACACCUCCAUUGAAGAAGACGAAGAAGAAGCUCAAGAACAGCACCAACAAUGGCGGAAGAAGAAGAAGAAGAAGAAGAAUCAUAAUGAGUAGUAAAAUAAGAGAAGAAAUUGAAGAAGCAGCAGCUUCAAGCUCCUCUGCCAUGGCUGCCAUUGAUGAACAAGCUUCAAGCUCUGAUUUUGAACACUGUAGCACUCCAAAAGCUGAUAGAUUUAAGAUCCCAGAGAUUCAAAUUUGCCCACCAGCUCCAAAAAAACAGAGGCCCAUUUCAAAUUGUUCUUUGCAAAAGCAUUCUCCAAUUGCCUUCUUUGCUUCACCUGAUAUAGAGCUGUUCUUCUUCUUCUCACAAUCAAAUUAG